AUGUCUUCUGCUGAAAAGAAACCUGCUUCCAAAGCUCCAGCUGAAAAGAAACCAGCUGCCAAGAAAACAUCGACUUCUGUCGAUGGUAAGAAGAGAUCCAAGGUUAGAAAGGAAACCUACUCCUCUUAUAUUUACAAAGUUUUGAAGCAAACUCACCCAGACACUGGUAUUUCUCAAAAGUCUAUGUCUAUUUUAAAUUCCUUCGUUAAUGAUAUCUUUGAAAGAAUCGCUACUGAAGCUUCUAAAUUGGCAGCUUAUAACAAGAAGUCCACUAUUUCUGCUAGAGAGAUCCAAACUGCCGUUAGACUUAUCCUACCUGGUGAAUUGGCUAAACAUGCUGUCUCUGAAGGUACUAGAGCUGUUACCAAGUACUCCUCCUCUACUCAAGCCUAA